AUGGCCAGGGGGGGGAUGCCAAUGUCCACACACGAGCAAGGACCCGUCGACCGAGCGACGCCCGACUUUCUCGUCGUGAUCCUGGAUUUAAAUGCAUAUGCCUGGCAACACGUCUCAGAGACGGCUAAGGAAAGUGAACCCUCUAGCACACCUUCACAACAGGCAGAUGUGGCAUUCUCUACUCUAAAAGAUACUAUUUUAUCUGUAUUGGUCUUUCUUAAUGCUUAUACUGCCAUGCAACAUGGCAAUGGCCUGGUAGUUUAUGGAGCAGCAACGGGCACAGCACGCCUCCUGUAUUCGUCCAGUCCUCACGUCCACCCUGACACGCAUUCGCGGCGCACACCACAAGAUACCCACGUAAGUGCUUGCUUACCUUUCAAGCAAAUGGAUGACGCCGUGUUCCAUGGUAUGCGUGCCCUCUUUGAUGAUGCCCGCGAUGGCGCACGAGGACCUGUUGGCAUGGUGCGUGCACUAGCGCUUGCGCUGUGUCACAUGCACCGACUCUCAACUGUGCUGAGCGAAUCGACCACAACAGACCCGCAUUCGGGCGCUCUAGGCGCUCGCACAAGACGCGGGAGAAACACGUCAUUUCUCCAGAGAAUCCUAGUUUUGAGUGCUACGCCAGAUGUAAGUGCGCAGUAUGUGCCUAUGAUGAACUGCAUCUUUAGCGCUCAGAAACAAGGCAUUCAAGUCGAUGCUCGCUCAUGUUUCCCACGCUCGAUGAUGUUGAUUUCCGUGCCGCCUGUUUCUGUCACCGGCAUAACGUUGACAUCGGAUAUGUGUGCUCUGUUUGUCUCAGCAUUUUCUGUGCCCCGCGUGAUACCUGUUUGA